AUUGCCGGAACACGCCGCCGGAAAGUGGUACUCAGUACCAGAUCUCCGGCUCCGAGAUCACCGUUUCACUGUUCCUCUGGAUUACAGAGAUCCCGGUACUUCCUUAAAGAUCUCCAUUUUCGCUCGGGAAGUCGUUGCUGUUGGUAAAGAAGAUCAAUCACUACCAUACCUCCUGUUUCUGCAAGGUGGACCGGGUUUUGAAUCCCCGAGACCAACUGAAGGCAGUGGAUGGAUACUUAAAGCUUGCGAGGAGUUUCGUGUUAUAUUAAUGGAUCAGAGAGGAACAGGAUUAUCAACUCCGCUGACAACAUCAUCCAUGCUGCAAUUUAAGUCUGCCCGGGAUUUGGCUGAUUACUUGAAACAUUUUCGUGCUGAUAGUAUAGUCAAUGAUGCUGAGUUUAUCCGUGUUCGACUUGUUCCUGGUUCUGGACCUUGGACAGUUUUGGGCCAGAGCUAUGGAGGUUUUUGUGCCAUCACCUAUUUGAGUUUUGCACCACAAGGAUUGAAACAAGUGCUUCUGACUGGAGGAAUACCUCCUAUUGGAGAUGGAUGCACUGCUGAUACUGUUUAUGGAGCUUGCUUUGAGCAGGUUGCUUAUCAGAAUGAAAAGUACUACAAGAGGUAUCCUCAGGAUAUUGAAGUUGUUCGUGAAGUUGUAAACUAUUUGGCAGAAUCUGAAGGGGGUGGGGUUCCUCUUCCAUCUGGGGGCAUCUUGACCCCAAGGGGGCUGCAACUUCUUGGUCUUUCCGGUUUAGGAUCUAGUGCAGGUUUUGAACGCCUUCAUUAUCUGUUUGAGAGGGUCUGGGAUCCUGUAAUAGUCCCAGGAGCACCUAAGAAGAUUAGUUUUUACUUCUUGAAUGCUUUUGACAAUUGGUUGGGUUUUGAUUCAAACCCACUCUAUGCUCUUAUCCACGAGUCAAUUUACUGUCAGGGUGCUUCAUCUCGGUGGUCCGCUCAACGACUAAGGGCUAAAUAUGAGAACAAGUUUGAUGCAAUCAAGGCUGCAGGUGAAGGGCGCCCUGUACUUUUUACAGGGGAGAUGAUGUUCCCAUGGAUGUUUGAUGAAAUUCAUGCUUUGAAGCAUUUUAAAGAUGCUGCUCAUUUAUUGGCCGAGAAGGAAGAUUGGCCUGCAUUAUAUGACAAAGCUGCAUUAAACAAUAACAAGGUACCUGUCGCAGCAGCUAUUUAUUUCGAGGAUAUCUAUGUUAAUUUCAACCUGGUCAUGCAAACAGUUAGUGAGAUAGCUGGAAUUAGGACAUGGAUCACCAAUGAAUACAUGCAUUCUGGGCUGCGUGAUGCUGGAGGACAGGUUUUUGACCACUUGAUGGGUCUGCUAAAUGGAAAAAGGCCAUUGUUCUGAUUUCCACUAGAAGAAACCAUUGUCUUGUCAUUUUUUAAAGUACUCAUUUUCCUUAGCUUUUCUUUGAAAAAGCAAAAACAUUGUCCUGACAACUCUCAUGAUGGAUUUAAAUUUUACAAUUCAUGUUUUUGCAACGAAUAAGUUUCUUAAUAUAUAUAUUUUUUUUUU